AUGGACAAGGUCCUCGUUUCGGGGUUGAAGGAGCUGCGGAUUUGGAUGAUCACAUUCAUCAAGGAACACGUCGCACGCAAACGGUCAGGCCAUGUCGGAGUUGCUGCCGACGCCUGUGACGACGACGCCGCUGAGCCCCCUUCGGCAUCCCAAGCAGUCGGUGUCGCCGACACCAGCGGAGAGGCCGGAGACGGUGACGACAAGGUAGAUGAGGAGGCAGAAAGGGCUGUAGCGAGGACUGCGGAUCAGGAAGAGGAGGAGGAGGAGGAUGACACCGAUGAUCAGGAUGAUAACGAGGAGGAGCGUGAGGAGCGUGAGCAGGGGCAUGGGCAGGAGGAGGAGGAGGAGGAGGAGGAGGAGGAGGAGGAGGAGGAGGAGGAGGAGGAGGAGGAGGAGGAGGAGGAGGAGGAGGAGGAGGAGGAGGAGGAGGAGGAGGAGGAGGAGGAGGAGGAGGAGGAGGAGGCGGCGGCGGCGGCGGAGGCCGUGGAGCAGGGUUUAGGGUCCGUGGAGCAGGCGGCGGAGGGGGAGAAGCAGCAAGAGGGGGAGAAGGAGGUAGAGUUCCUCUGGGUCGAAUUCGAGAUGGAGGAUGUUGAGGGAGCGGCGGCGUUGGCCGUGGAUGAGGCGCACGUGGCUGGCAAUGUGGUUGGCGACGCAAAGGAGGAGGAUAACGCCGCGGCCCCGACGCCGACGGGCGUGGAGACCACCACAGGGAACGCAGGGGUGGAACGCCGGUGUGGUGCGGUAGAGGCGGGCCGUCAACCGGGUUCCUCGGCAGCUGGUUGGUUUGCGAUGGGGAUUGGCCGCCUCGUGGACAAGCUCAGGUCGUUGGCCGACCAGGUUGCCGCCUCCGACCAGGUUGCGGCGAGUCGGUUGAUGGACACGUCCUUGACCAUGGCGACGACCGUCACGGAGAACAUCACCGCCAACAUGGGUGAAGCAUGGGAUGCGAUGAAGGCGUACGCCGAGAGGGCGGAGUGCUGGUUGGACGAUCUAGAGGAUCCGGAGGGGUUUAUGGCGUCUUUCAAGGCGGACGUGUUGAAGGCGGUGACUGAGGCCACCCAGCAGUCGUUUCUUGCGUCCAAGUUAAACCUCAUGACCGAGGUGAUCGGAAAUCUGGCGCCUGGUCGGCUUGGGUCGUCGCCGUCGGCCAACGAGGCCGACAAGAAGGGUGCGAAAAGGGCGGGCGGCGGAGAUGAUGCGUUGAGCUCGAAGCGGAGCAAGGGAGCCGAUGGGAGCCGCGGCGUCGGCCAGGUGGGUCCAGGCGGCUCGCGGAGCAAGGGAGCCGAUGGGAGCGGAGGUAUGAGCGUGGUCGACCAGCUCAAGAAGAACGGGGCCAAGGUGAUAAGGACGCACAGCAAGGGCGAUGGAAUCAGGAGUGCGGAGGGGGGCCCUACCGACCAGGUUGCCACUCAAGAGGCUGGACCAACAGCCCCGCCAUUGGUCGCCGAGAAGCCGGCCAGUCUAGCGACCGCACCAAUGGCGAUAGACGGCGGCGCCAAAACCGUCAAGGGACCGUGUGGCGGAGUGGCGGGGACCACGUCGAUUCCCCGCAAACCCCCUGCAGCUAGCAGCCCGCCGGUCGCCCCGUCAGCCGCCAACAACGAUGGGCCGUCCCUUGCGGCUACUCCAGCACCAGCAGGCACGUCUGCCGCCAAGGUUGACGCGGUGGAUGCUGCGGCUAACCGCACUGGUCCGUCCGCCCCAAAGGCGAACGCGCUCAGGGAAAUGCUCCGCCGCAUGGAGACCCAUCGACCGGACGUGCAGCAGCCUCCCGUGGUCGGUACCGCGCCGGCCACAACAGCACGUCGCUCGGUCACUCCGCAGGUCGCCGCCACAACGUCCAGUGCCCCACCUACCGCGCCUAUCAUCGCCGCCCGUCCUCCUGUGGACCCAAAGUCCGCCUUGCUUCGCGCCCGGUUAGGCGCACGUACUGCGGCAGCGCCAGCACGGGCUCAGCCGGUAGCCAGCUCAAGCGCGACGCCGACGUCGGUAACCGAAGCUGCACCCACACUCGGUGCAGCUACUGUCGAGGCGGUGGUGGAGAAGGGCGUGAGUGCAGCGCUAGCCACGGGCGGCGGAUCAGUGGACCCUGCACAGGCGACAAAGGACCACAACGACGCCGAUAUCGCUGCCAUCCAGGACCUGUUGGAAGCGGUAAACCGCCCCAAGCAGCCCCCUGUUCUGGCCAUCUCGAACUCGGCGCAUGUGGAGCACUCGGUGAGUCCCACCGGUAGUAUAGCAGAGCCAAAGACGACCACUACUGCGGUCGGCGCGGGAAAGUCAAAACGGAAGGGGACGGUCGACGCAGGGAAAGCGAGGCUGAGCUCGCAGAAGAAAACACGGGCGACGUCGGCGAUGGUGAAGUCGGUGGAGAAAGGACAGGGGAUGGCGACGGCGAUGGUGGAGAAGGCGACGGAGAAAGGGAAGGAGAAGGGGAAGGAGAAGGAGGAGAAGGAGAAGGAGAAGGAGGAGGAGGAGGAGGAGGAGGAGGAGGAGGAGGAGGAGGAGGAGGAGGAGGAGGAGGAGGAGGAGGAGAAGAAGAAGGAGAAGGAGACAGAGGAGGAGGAGAAGAAGGAGAAUGAGAAGGAGGAGGAGGACAAGGAGAAGGAGAAGGAGGAGGAGGAGGAGGAGGAGGAGGUGGAGGAGGCGGAGGUGGAGGAGGAUGAGGAGGAGGCGGCGACAGAGGAGGAGAAGGUGAAGGUGAAAGAACGAAAGGGUCAUGGCAUCCGCCACGACACCACGGGCGACAAGCAAGGGUGGGUGGGCGAGAUUAAGGUGGUCGGGAACGAGAGUAGAUACAUCGGCAAGUCCCGCGAGAAGAUGGAGCUUGCUUACCUUCACUCGAUUGUGUACCUCCUGUACGACGGUUACGUCAGCAAGAUCCUCAUGGCCGAGCUCACCGGCUUGGAGGAAACAGUGAUGAAGCAGUGGAGGGCGGUGUGGGAGGAGGUCUGGUUCUUGCCGACUGGGAUGUGGACGUAUCGAGCUUACAAGACAUCAGGCGAUGCGCACCACGACGCGCUUUUGCCCGCGAUCUGGUUUCCCGUCGAUGCCGACACGAAGGAAGGGAAGGAGAAGUCGGAUGCAAUGAUGUCGGCCAUGAUUGAUCGCGUGCCCUUGUGCGCUGCGUAUGGGAAAGUCGCUGCAUCCGCGGCGAGAAAGAAGGGCGACACGGAUCAGACGACGGCGAAGGUCGCACUGGCGCUAUCGGCCUCCGCUUGCGCCCUGUGGUGCUUAGUCGAGGGCGACGGCGCCCAGGUGGCUGAUGCAGUGCGCGAAGGGAAGGCGGCGGCGAUGGUGGUCGGCGCGAGCGAGACUACCGCCGCCGAGUUCAAGAAUGUCAUGACGGCGGUGCUAGAGGCCGCGAUCAGCAGGCAGCAACCCCUCAGGGAGGUUGCGCAUAACGUCGCACCGGCGCCGGAGUCUACCGCUCUGGCUAAAGCCUACCCAGGGUUGGAUGUUGAAGCCGAGGCCAAAGUGAUCGCACGAGCGACGGUGGAAACCCUCGUGUUCUGGGGAAUGUGCCCCGUGGAUGGGCCAAAACUCAAGAAGAUCGGCAUCGUGGUGCCGCUUGACGCGUAG